CGUCGCUGACACCCUUCUCACGGCCGAGGGAAACCACAGCCUGCCAAGAUGUGCAAAGGGUUAGCAGCGCUGCCCCACACGUGCCUGGAGAGGGCCAAGGAGAUCAAGACCAAACUGGGCACACUUCUCCAGAAGCCUGACUCCGCCAUUGACUUCAUCAUCCCCUACCCAGAGAAGCCAGAGAAGCCACCCAAGGCCCAGAAGCCGUCACCGGAGGAGGCUCUGCAGUGGCGGGAUUCCCUGGAGAAGCUCCUGCAAAGCCCCUAUGGGCUUGCCAGCUUCCGCAGCUUCCUGUGCUCCGAGUUCAGCGAGGAGAAUGUCGAGUUUUGGGUGGCCUGCGAGGACUACAAGAAAACCAAGUCACCCUUGAAGAUGGCAGAGAAGGCCAAGAAGAUCUAUGAGGAGUUCAUCCAGACGGAGGCACCCAAAGAGGGUCCCCAACCCUCACCCAUUCCACUACAGGUGAAUAUUGACCACUUCACCAAGGCUGUGACCGUGAAGAACCUGGUGGAGCCAUCCCCAACCAGCUUUGACAUGGCCCAGAAGAGGAUCUUUGCCCUGAUGGAGAAAGACUCCCUGCCCAGAUUCGUGCGGUCAGAGUUUUACCAGGAGCUGAUCAAGUAGCAGUGCG